AUGCCGCUCUUCAUCGCUCAGACGUUAGGCUGGCGAGACGGGGAUCGGCUGGCAAUUUCGUUGAAUGCCCCGUUGCCUCCGCCGCCCUGUCCAUUUCCAGCCGAAACACGACGUUUUUGGCCAACCUUCCAGUGGGCGGACAAUUCCUGGAUACGGGAUGGUACCGGAAACAAACUGACACAGCGCAAAUAUGACCGAAUUCGGUCAUGUGUGCUGGCCGACCUGGAAAUCGAGCGGACGGGACCUGGCGUGUACUCGUUUAGAGUCCCUUUGGCUCCAGGGGCGCCGGCUCAUCACUCGGAUCGGAAACUAAUGCGCUGGGCGCUCGCGAUUGUUUUCGGUAGCCCGACGUUACGCAUCGCUGAGAAAUGCGAGGUGCAGAGUGCAGUUACCCUCCGGCAGCAGCCGGAGCUCAGGGUGCCGUAUAGCUGGUUCGUGAUGGAUGCCGGGACAGUGCACGGGGUGUCGACCCUAUCAACGGGUCUCACACAGGGGACAAUAGUCCUGCAUCGGCAGCCAGACGGCUUCCACUGGACGAUAGCCGAGACGUCGGUAACCUACUCGGACGGCUGGUCGGAUAUAAAGGUCCUCCACCAAGCUCAACGGGACAAUGGCCUCGUCGUAGCGGCACAUCCCGCCAUCCACGGUUUCCCGUGGGUAGUUCCCUGA